AUGGGUGAACUUACAACCGAUAGGGGCUUGAAUCAACAACUUGGUCUUUCAAGAACUUGUGAUACUCGUUGGGGAUCUCAUUAUAAAUCCUUUAACAAUUUUAUUGUUAUGUUUGGCUCUAUUUUUGAGGUUCUUGAAUCACUUGCUCUUGAUGCAAGGAGUAUGGAUGAAAGAGCCAAGGCAAUGGGACAUCUUGAAGCUUGUCAAACAUUUGAGAUUGUGUUUAUGCUGCAUUUGAUGAGAGAUGUCUUAGCAAUCACAAAUGAGCUUAAUAAAUGCUUACAAAAAAAAGAGCAAGAUAUUGCAAAUGUCAUGCUACUUGUUGAAGUAGCAAAGAGAAGAUCACGGCAGAAACUUUCUAACUAUACAAUCUUACAUCAUUAUCGUGUUGAAGUGUUUUACAAUAUCAUUGAUUGGCAACUUCAAGAACUUAAUGAUCGUUUUGAUGAGGUGACUACCGAUUUGCUCCAUGGAAUUGCUUGCUUGAAUCCAAUUAACUCAUUUUCAAGUUUUGACAUAAGAAAAGUAAUGAGAAUGGUUGAAUUAUAUCCAGAUGACUUUGAUGAAUGCAAUUUGAGUAUUCUUGAGAAUCAACUUGCAAGUUACAUUGUUGAUGAAAGGUUCUCCGAUCUAAAUGGGCUUUGUGAUCUUUCCAAAAGAUUAGUUCAGACAAAGAAACAUUCAAAUUAUCCUCUAAAACUUGCUCUACUUUUACCAGUUGCCAUUGCCUCCGUUGAAAGAGCUUUUUCGGCAAUGAAGUUUAUCAAGAAUGACUUGCGGAGUCAAAUGAGUGAUGAUUUUUUUAGUGGUUAUUUGGAGCCGAAGAGAAUUCUAAAGGAAUUGAAGAACUUAUAG